AUGGCAUCACAAGCUGAGGUUGAGCAUCCCAGAAAGGCAUUUGGAUGGGCAGCCAGGGACCCUUCUGGUCAUCUCUCACCUUUCAAUUUCUCCAGAAGGGAGACGGGUGAAAAAGACGUGGCAUUCAAAGUGUUGUAUUGUGGGAUAUGUCACUCUGACCUCCACAUGGUAAAGAACGAAUGGGGCUUUUCCACUUAUCCACUAGUCCCAGGGCAUGAGGUCGUUGGUGUAGUGACAGAGGUGGGAAGCAAAGUGGAAAAGUUCAAAAUUGGGGACAAGGUGGGUGUGGGAUGCAUGGUUGAUUCCUGUCGCACCUGCCAAAACUGUUCUGACAAUCUUGAGAAUUAUUGUCCACAAUAUACUCUCACAUAUGGUGCCAAAUAUAAAGAUGGUACCAUCACAUAUGGAGGUUACUCUGAUUUAAUGGUUGCAGACGAGCACUUUGUGGUUCGAAUUCCUGAUGGCUUACCACUUGAUGUUGCUGCACCUCUCCUUUGUGCUGGGAUCACAGUGUACAGCCCUCUCAGAUAUUUUGCACUGGACAAGCCUGGUGUGCAUGUGGGUGUGGUUGGUCUCGGUGGACUAGGCCAUAUGGCUGUGAAGUUUGCCAAAGCUUUUGGCGCUAAGGUCACAGUAAUAAGUACAUCACCUAACAAAAAGGAGGAAGCAAUACAACAUCUUGGAGCUGACUCUUUUCUGAUAAGCCGUGACCAACAUCAGAUGGAGUCUGCAAAGGGUAGUUUGGAUGGCAUUAUUGACACAGUUUCUGCCGUUCAUCCUCUGUUACCUCUCAUUGAUUUGCUCAAGUCUCAUGGAAAGCUUGUAAUGGUCGGUGCACCAGAGAAGCCUCUGGAACUGCCAGUGUUUCCUUUACUUGUUGGGAGAAAGAUUGUAGCCGGGAGUGGUAUUGGAGGAAUGAAGGAGACACAAGAGAUGAUGGACUUUGCUGCGAAGCACAAUGUAAAACCUGAUAUUGAAGUCAUUCCUAUAGAAUAUGUCAACACUGCAAUGGAGCGUCUCCUCAAAGCAGAUGUAAAAUAUAGAUUUGUGAUUGACAUUGGAAACACACUAAAACCAAGCUCUUGA